AUGGACGACAGCGAGACGUGCAUCAAUGUGCCGCUCGAUAAACCGGAGUCACGGUCUUCAUCGAGAAGUGAGAAGGGCAGAGACGGAGACAGUCAGACCUCCACCGACUCAGAGUCGAUCUUUGGGAAAGACGAAUACCUCAUCGAUGAGGCUGAGGAUCCUCCCAUUGCCCCGGGACACGGCGAGCUGCGAGUCACUGCACAGACAGACUCUCAGACCUCUACCGACACAGAGCUGAACAUUGGGAAAGAUGAACCCCUCGUCCAUGAGGGUGAGGAUCCUCCCAUUGCCUCGGGACCCGGCGAGCUGCGACUCACUGCACAGACAGACCGUCAGACCUCCACCGACACAGAGCUGAACUUUGGGAUAGAUGAACCUCUCAGCGAUGAGCGUGAGGACCCUCCAAUUGCCUCGGGACACGGCGAGAUGCGAGUCACUGUACAGACAGCUGCGCAUGAACAACAGUCGAAAGUGAAGAUCGGAAAUAGACCGUACCGUCUGAUCUGCCUACUCUGCCUAGUUACAUCCGCCCUCAUCGUGAUAGUGGUCGGACUCUCGAUCCAUGGAAUGCACAGCGAUCUCCGUCACCAGUUCACUGAGAUGGAAACGAAGUACAGAUCUGUCAACGAAACCAAGGCUCAAAUCUGUGAAUUGUUGACCAGCAGAAGAGAGCAAACGUGUUCCAAGGACUGGAUGAAAAAUAAAGACCGGUGUUAUUACGUAUCCACGUUUGAAGCAUCUUUCCGCCAAGCGAUGGAAGAAUGUUCAAACCGUGACUCAAGGCUGCUGGAAAUCAAUUCAAGGGAUGAAGCGAGCUUUGCAUCCAACAAACUGUUGUACCGAAACAUUGCACUCUGGAUUGGAAAAUGCGAAAACGGGACUGUGGGCAUGACCCUCUUGUACAAUGUGUCCCCGUGGACGUCCAACUGCAGAGACUGCGAGGCGUACUUAGGCAGUUACCCUUGUGAUAGAGAUCGGCGUUUCAUCUGCGAGAAGUCGGCACCUUUGUUCCCGGAUAUUCCUGAAGAGAUCCAGGGUCUCUGCCAACAGCCAGAGGAGGCGACGUGAAUGAAGUGACUACUCCCAUUUUUCCCUUCUCUCUCUAUCACUCUCACUCCUAAAUCAUUUCUAAAUUUGCUCCCUACCCUCUCUGCCCCACCCUCCUACUCCAUUUCCUCUUAUCGCAAGCAGAUUCUCUACACCAGACACCGACAAACCCGUCCCGCCGUCUAUCCCUUUCUUUCUCGCCAUUCCCACCGUCCCGCUCUUCCAAGCUCUGUCUACCUUUCUCUCUGCCCCGUCACCUCCUCAAAUUUCCUCUAACUUACUUAACUUACUCAACCCACUCUUUCUCUGCAUCCUCCGCAGAUCUGUUACACCUCUCUCCCCUUCCCUCCCCAGGGACUCUGUACCUCCCCUCCCCGUUCUCCCGUUCUCUCUCUAAGCCCUCUGACUCCCUGAUCUCUCUCUCUCUCUCUCUCUCUCUCUCUCUCUCUCUCUCUG